GCACCUUCUUUUUUACACAUCAUAUAUAAUAAUUUUUUAUAAAGAAAUUAUUAAAGUUUUGUUUAAUUAAUGAAAAAUGAUAAAACAUGGUGACAAUAAUAGAAAAACAAAGUUUAAAAAAAAUAAGAUAAAAAGUUUGAUAAUUUGGCAAUAUGAGUAGUAAUAGUAAAAAAACAGGAGUUAGUGCUGUUGGUGGUGGUGGAAGUGGUGGUACUGCUACCAGUAAAGAUGAUAAGAAAAAUGCAUUGUCAAGUAAAGAAGAUAGUUCAAAUAAUAAAGAUGAAACUGGUGGAUCAGGAUCAGGAACUGGUAAUAAUGGAUUACCAAGUGCAGAACCAUCACAGCCUGGUAGCAAACCUGGUUCUGCUGGUGCUACUGCACGUGAAGGUGCACAAAGAUUACUUGCACUUGCCAGUAGAGGUGAAUGGGCGCCCGUUGAUCAGCUUCUUAAGACUCUGGAAAAAGCGGUACAAAGUGCUGGAGAUGAAGGCAACCCUGCACCGCUUGCCGGUCUUAUGGAUCCGACAACUGGUAUGACACCUCUCAUGUAUGCUGUUAAGGAUAACCGUACAGCUUUUCUUGACCGUAUGAUAGAACUUGGUGCUGAGGUUGGCGCUCGAAAUAAUGAUAACUACAAUGCACUUCAAAUAUCAGCAAUGUAUUCCCGUGAAGAUGUUGUUAAAUUAUUGUUAUCUAAAAAAGGGGUUGAUCCUUAUUCAACUGGUGGUCCACGACAACAAACUGCUGUUCAUCUUGUGGCAUCGCGACAAACAGGUACAGCAACAUCAAUACUACGAGCCCUUUUAAAUGCUGCUGGACGAGAAAUACGUCUGAGUAUUGAUGGUAAAGGAAAAAUUCCAUUACUGCUGGCUGUUGAAGCUGGAAAUCAAUCAAUGUGCCGUGAAUUAUUAGCCCAGCAAGCACCAGAACAAUUACGGGCAACAACACCGGCUGGAGAUACAGCAUUACAUCUUGCUGCUCGUCGUCGUGAUGUUGAUAUGGUCCGAAUACUUGUUGAUUAUGGAGCCCAAGUUGACAUGCAAAAUGGGGAUGGACAAACGCCUUUACACAUAGCAAGCGCUGAAGGUGAUGAAACUUUGGUUAAAUAUUUUUACGGUGUACGAGCAUCAGCGUCAAUAGCAGAUCAUCAAGAUCGUACACCAAUGCACUUGGCUGCUGAGAAUGGUCACGCAUCAAUAAUUGAUUUAUUGGCUGAAAAAUUUCGAGCCAGUAUAUUUGAACGUACCAAAGAUGGAUCAACAUUAAUGCAUAUCGCAUCAUUAAAUGGUCAUUCAGAAUGUGCCAAUAUGUUAUUUAAAAAGGGAGUUUAUCUUCAUAUGCCAAAUAAACGUGGUGCACGUUCUAUUCAUACAGCAGCACGUUAUGGACACGUUGGUAUUAUAAGUACACUAUUGCAACGUGGAGAAAAAGUUGAUGCAACAACAAAUGACAAUUAUACAGCACUUCAUAUUGCUGUUGAAAGUGCUAAACCUUCAGUAGUUGAAACAUUACUUGGUUAUGGUGCUGAAGUGCAUGUACGUGGUGGUAAACUUCAUGAAACACCACUGCAUAUUGCUGCUAGGGUAUUAGAUGGUGAUAGAUGUGCAUUGAUGCUUCUUAAAAGUGGUGCUGGUCCUAAUUUAACAACCGAUGAUGGACAAACACCGGUACAUGUUGCUGCUAAAUAUGGUAAUUUAACAACCCUUAAAUUAUUACUAGAAGAUGGUGGUGAUCCAAUGUAUAAAUCUAAAAAUGGUGAAACACCAUUACAUCUAGCGUGUCGUGAUUGUCGUUCAGCAGUAGCAUCAUAUUUAAUAGAAUUUGUUAAAGAAAAAAAGGGCCGUGACGUAGCAACUAAUUAUGUUAAUACUGUUAAUAAUGAUGGUGCUAGUCCACUUCACUAUGCUGGACAAAUAGAACCAACAGAAGUUAUUGAAUUGGGUGAUGAUCGUGCUGUUGUACGUAGUUUAUUAGAAAAUGGUGCUGAUGUAUCAUUACAAACAAAACAAAAUCAAGAAACGGCAUUCCAUUAUUGUGCAUUGGCUGGUAAUAAUCAAGCAUUAACAGAAAUGAUAAAUCAUAUGUCAUCAACGGAUGUACAAAAAGCACUAAAUAAACAAAGUGCUGUUGGUUGGACGCCGCUGCUGAUAGCUGCUCAUCGUGGACAUAUGGAAUUGGUAACAACAUUAUUAGCGAAUCAUGCCCGGGUUGACGUAUUUGAUCUUGAGGGUAGAUCAGCGCUACACCUGGCCGCUGAGCAUGGUUAUCUCCAAGUCUGCGACGCUCUGCUAGCCAGCAAGGCAUUCAUCAACUCUAAAUCACGUGUUGGACGUACAGCAUUGCAUUUAGCUGCUAUGAAUGGUUACACACAUCUUGUUAGAUUUUUAAUCCAAGAUCACAGUGCUGCUAUUGAUGUAUUAACACUGAGAAAACAAACGCCACUUCAUUUAGCUGCUGGCUCUGGACAACUUGAAGUAUGCCAAUUAUUAUUAGAUCUUGGUGCUAGUAUUGACGCUACUGAUGAUCAAGGACAAAAACCAAUCCAUGCUGCUGCUAUGAAUAAUUAUGCGCAAGUUGUUCAAUUAUUUUUACAAAGCCAUCCAAGUCUUGUUAUGGCUUGUACAAAAGACGGUAAUACUUGCGCUCAUAUUGCGGCAAUGCAAGGCAGUGUUAGAGUCAUUGAAGAAUUAAUGAAAUUUGAUCGUCAGGGUGUUAUAUCUGCUAGAAAUAAAUUAACUGAAGCGACUCCAUUGCAAUUGGCCGCCGAGGGUGGUCAUGCUGAAGUUGUUAAAGCAUUAGUACGUGCUGGUGCAUCUUGUAUUGAUGAAAAUCGUGCUGGUUUUACAGCUGUACAUUUAGCAGCUCAACAUGGCCAUGGACAAGUAUUGGAAGUAAUGAGAACUUCUCAAACAUUAAGAGUAUCCAGUAAAAAAUUAGGCGUUACUGCUUUACAUGUUGCUGCUUACUUUGGUCAAGCUGAUACUGUACGAGAAUUGCUUACUCAUAUACCGGGAACAGUUAAAUCUGAUCCACCAACCGGAGGUUCAUUAGUUGGUGAACUAGGAAGUGAAUCUGGAAUGACACCACUUCACUUGGCGGCUUAUUCAGGAAAUGAAAAUGUCGUUAGAUUACUGCUUAAUUCAGCUGGAGUUCAGGUAGAAGCAGCUACUACCGAAAAUGGUUACAACCCACUUCAUUUAGCGUGCUUUGGCGGCCACAUAACAGUUGUUGGUCUAUUAUUAAGUAGAUCAGCUGAAUUACUUCACAAAGCAGAUCGUUAUGGAAAAACAGGAUUGCACAUUGCUGCUAAUCACGGACAUUAUCAAAUGGUUGAAGUAUUGUUGGGUCAAGGCGCUGAGAUUAAUGCUACUGACAAAAAUGGAUGGACGCCGUUGCAUUGUGCUGCAAGGGCAGGUCAUUUAGAUGUUGUUAGAUUAUUAGUUGAAAGUGGUGCUUCACCAAAGACUGAAACGAAUCUUGGAAGUGCACCUAUUUGGUUUGCCGCUUCUGAGGGUCACAAUGACGUAUUAAAAUAUUUAAUGGAAAAGGAACACGAUACAUAUGCAUUGAUGGAAGAUCGAAGGUUUGUCUACAACAUGAUGGUGUGCAGUAAAAGUCACAAUAAUAAACCAAUUGAGGAAUUUGUUCUUGUAUCACCAGCUCCAGUGGAUACAGCUGCUAAAUUAUCAAACAUUUAUAUGAAAUUAUCGGAAAAAGAAAAAGAACGAGCCAAAGAUUUGAUAGCUGCUGGAAAACAGUGCGAAAGUAUGGCCACUGAAUUAUUGGCAUUAGCAGCCGGUGCUGAUUCAGCUGGUCGUAUUUUAACAUCAAUGGACCGUCGUAAUGUUGAGUUUUUAGAUGUUUUAAUAGAAAAUGAACAAAAGGAAGUUAUUGCCCAUACAGUAGUGCAACGUUACUUGCAAGAAUUGUGGCGUGGACCAUUAACAUGGAGUGCAUUUCGUACAAUUCUUUUAUUUAUAACAUUUCUAAUUUGUCCACCAGUUUGGAUAGUAUUCGCUUUACCGUUGGGGCAUAAAUACAACAAUGUACCAAUUAUUAAAUUCAUGUCAUACUUAACGUCACACGUAUAUUUGAUGGUGUUACUUUUAUUAGUGGGUAUAAUUCCGCCGUUUGUUGUUAUGAGGUCAAAUUUACUGCCUUACUCAUACGAGUGGUGUUUGUUAGUUAUGUUAUCCGGUUUAUUAUUAUUUGAAUUAACAAACCCGAGUGACAAAAGUGGUUUAGGUUGGAUUAAAUUAGCAGUAUUGCUGUUUAGUAUAACUGGUGUUGGUUUGCAUCUAGCAGCAUGGACUAUUGUUGAUAAAUACUAUUGGCCAACACUAUUGUAUCUACGCAAUCAAUUAUUUGCGUUGAGUUUUUUACUGGCUUGUGUACAAAUAUUGGAUUUUUUAUCAUUUCAUCAUCUUUUUGGACCCUGGGCCAUUAUUAUUGGGAAUCUAAUGAAGGAUUUAGCAAGAUUUUUGGCAGUACUCGCGAUAUUUGUCUUUGGAUUUUCAAUGCACUUUGUUGCCCUCAAUCAGGCAUUUGUCAAUGGUCCUCAAGCAAGAACUAAACGGAAUGCUUUUUCAGAUGAAAUAGAUUCAUUGUUCAACUAUGAUGUGGAGGUAAUUAAACAACCAGAAUAUCCCUUUCGACGUUCUCAGCGUAAAAGGAUUAAAAAUGAGUGUUGUGGUGAUGAAUCCCGAAAUACAAAAAUGACUCCUAUACUGGCAUUUGAAUUUUUAUUCUUUGCUGUAUUUGGACACACUACUCAUGACGAGCUUAAGCUGGAGACUGCGCAGCCAGAAUGGACUGGAAAUCUUUUUAAAGUAACAUUUGGAAUUUAUAUGCUCGUCUCGGUGGUUGUUUUAAUAAAUUUACUUAUUGCCAUGAUGAGUAACACUUAUCAACGGAUACAAGCACAGUCAGAUAUUGAAUGGAAGUAUGGGCUGAGUAAACUAAUUCGUAGUAUGCACAGAACAACAACGGCUCCGUCACCAUUAAAUCUAUUAACAACCUGGAUCGUGUAUUUUAUUAAAAUUUUUAGACAACGUAUUGUUAAAAAAAAACGUCCGUCAAUUGUGCACAUAAUGGGCUUACAAAACACCGGACGUUUAUCACCGCGUUCAAAAAUGGGUGCCAAAUGGUUAUCAAAAAUAAAAAAAGACCAAGUGCAGCAAGUACACUCAAAGGACAAUAAUCUACAAUUGUCUGUUGCACACUUAAGUCCAUUAGGAAGCCAAUUAUCCUUUAAUACUGCAUUGAGAAUUGAAAGUGUCGUUGAUUGGGACGCAAUUCGUAAAAAAUACAAAAGUAUUACCGGUAGUGAAUCUGAUAAAGACUCUGAUAAGCAAGAUAAUGAUGAUAAUGCAAGUAACGAUGAUAAUAAUAAUAAUAAUAAUGAUAAUAAUCCUGCCGCUUCAACUCCAACAACUUCAUCUAAUUAUUAAAUUUAUUUUUUAUUUUUUUUAAUUAUCAAGCUCAAAAUUAUCCUGAUUAUAAAUUAGAUAAACUAAUUUAAAACUUGAUUAAUUAUUUAAAAAUUUGUAAAUAAUUUGUGUAGUCAGUGAUUUUAAUUAGAAAUCAAUGGAACUGCAAAUAAAAGGGAGAAUAAUUGU